ACCCACAGGUUAGAGACGAAGUGACUGAGUUACUGACAUUCGUCAUGGAGAGCACCUGCCGCCCAUUCCGCACACGCUUAGACCAGGUGCUUGGUUCCAAUCCCGGAAUCACCGUGUGCUAUCGGCUGUCCAACUUGCUGCAGUUCUAUGGCCACACCAUUCGCCAGACCAUCAAAGCCGAGUCUGAACUCGUUGGGGUCAUUGAGGAGGGUCGCAUCACAGCCUUUAAGGUGUUCCAAGACAGCGUGGGCAUGCACUCCAAACGACUGAUAUCGGACCGCACCCAGCCCAGUGACACGCUUAUACCUACCCCCGCGCAAGCAAACACACUCACGGUAGUCAAGGAGAUCGCGCACUCGUACAGCGGGUCCCUCAUGGCCACCAAUGCUGAAGCCGGAGUGGAUUCAUUGUUAGGUAGGUAUACUGUGGGUAGCCGCAAGAUGGUGGGUAGGUAUGCAUGUGCGGGGAGGGAUGGAUGGCUCACAACCAACCCCGCUCAUAUCAACUUCGUUGUAUAUCCAUAA